UUUUAAGACAGGAUAAUAACACAUUUUAAAUGGUCAUGAUGCUGAGGUAAACUCUGUCUGUUUCUCUCCUGAUGGAUAUACUCUGGCAUCUGGUAGUGAUGAUAACUCUAUUUGUUUAUGGGAUGUUAAGACAGGAUAUUAAAAAAAUAAAUUAAAUGGUCAUAAUGGAUGUGUAAACUCAAUCUGUUUCUCCCCCGAUGGAAACACUUUAGCAUCUGGUAGUAGGAAUCAUUCCAUUUGUAUCUGGGAUGUUAAGACAGGAUAAUAAAAAAAUAAAUUAAAUGGUCAUAAUGGAUGUGUAAACUCAAUCUGUUUCUCCCCCGAUGGAAAUACUCUAGCAUCUGGUAGUGGUGAUAAAUCUAUUCGUUUAUGGAAUGUUAAGACAGGAUAAUAAAAAAAUAAAUUAAAUGGUCAUGAUAGAGGUGUAAACUCAAUCUGUUUCUCCCCCGAUGGAAAUACUUUAGCAUCUGCUAGCAAUGAUAAAUCUGUUCGUUUAUGGGAUGUUAAGCCUGAUAAGAGUGCCAAAGAUAUUUUAACUUAAUUAAACACUUCACUAUUUGCUAAUAACACUUUUUUCGAAAGUACCAUUAUUUUAACUUAUUUAGACAAUACGAGUUUUACAAUUUUCAUAAUCUCUAAGAUUCCUCAAUUUUAGGCAUUUAAUGCUUUUUUAUACCAAGGAGAGUUUUUAAAUCAUCAAGGAAAGGAUUUGAAACCCUUAUUCAAAUAGAGAGGAA